AUGCCCAUCCGUGUCGCCGCCGCCUCCAUCUCGAGCUCGUCACGAAAGGAUGCCAGCUCCGUCACGCCGCACUCUGCCAGCGGUCUCAUCAAGAAGGAGCGCAAGGAGGUUCCCCUGCCCAGCCAGGAGCCCACCAAGGGCGUCUUGCAAUAUGCUCUGUACGCAAAACCACCCCUCAUCACCACUAUCACCCACAAGCGCUCCCCCCUCGACCGCAAGAAUCUCCCUACUCGCCACAUCACCAAACACCUUCUUCCCACCUCCCUCGACGUAAUAACGAACUGGGCCCGCCAGUCCUCCCUCUGGCCCAUGACCUUCGGUCUCGCCUGCUGCGCCGUCGAGAUGAUGCACCUCUCCACGCCCCGAUACGACCAGGACCGUCUCGGCAUCAUUUUCCGCGCCUCCCCGCGCCAGUCCGACGUGAUGAUCGUCGCCGGCACCCUCACAAACAAGAUGGCCCCCGCCCUGCGCCAAGUCUACGACCAGAUGCCCGACCCCCGCUGGGUCAUCUCCAUGGGCUCCUGCGCCAACGGAGGCGGUUACUACCACUACAGCUACUCCGUCGUCCGCGGCUGCGACCGCAUCGUCCCCGUCGACGUCUACGUCCCCGGCUGCCCCCCGACCUCCGAGGCCCUCAUGUACGGCAUCUUCCAGCUCCAGCGUAAGAUGCGCAACACCAAGAUCACCCGCAUGUGGUACCGCAAGUAG